AACAGCAAAGCCAGUGUUUAUAAGUUUGGUCAGUUCCUACACCGAGCACCAACCGCAAGCCAUCAGGUCCGUACUUCCAGGCCAACCUCCAAGAGGAGUGCCCCCUCUAAGCCACCCCCACUCUCUGCACGCACCCCUCUCUUGAUGCCCUCUCCAGCCAGCCAUGGAAGGCAGCCCUUGAGAUCUUCUGCUCCCCAAGGCUCCGGGCCUGCAGCAGGUGGUGGAGGGCAGCCUCCUGUAUCUCAACCCUCCUCCAGUAGGUUCUUCAUCAAUGUACCCCCUCGCAGCCUUGCCCUAGUGGAUAGGAGUGCUAGGAGACCAGCUCCGAUGCCGUACAUGGGUAAUAGAGGGGCUAAAUCUCAGCAACUUAGUCAAAUAUCUCAGGUGAUGGGCUCUCCAAGUGUAGCAUUAGCUGAUACCAUGUACAAUAUGAACAUACAGACUCCCACAAGGCCUACCCCACAUUCCAAGACACCACUGGGACAGGUGGUUGCCCCUGCAGCUACCCCACACCAGCAGACACCCAUCCAAGUAAGCUCUGGACCUGGUAUGGGACCCGGAGGAGAUGCACAGCCGUCUUCCCUUGUAUCCAGAGACCAGCAACCAGGAGGACCAGAAGAUGGGGAGAUGAGCUGCAUGCCUCAUCAGCUGAUGGAAACCGGUCCCCAGGAGAAUAUUGACAUGGAGAGUGUGCAGGAAUAUCCACUAACUCCUAAGAGCAGCACAGAUGGGGAGAGAGCAGAUGAGACGAAGACUCCUCAGACACCUGGAGAGCAGUUUGACCUGGCAGGCUUCAAGGACUUCUCCAAGUCUCCCGGGUUCAGCUAUUCCUGUCGAGCGAUGUUUGGUGACCCAGGUGAUACAACGACGGAGGAACAGACUUCUAAUAACAACAACAACUUCCAAGAAAAUCCCUUCUUCAGUUCCUUCUUUGGAGUGAGCAGUAAGUUCUCAGACCGGCCAACUUCCCAGAGUCCUGCUCAGAUGUUUGGAGGAGGGGGAAACCAGCCACCAUCUACACCAGCAACACCACACACCAACCAGGGUGGGGCCAUGUCAAUGUUUGGGAAUUCCCCUACCUCACCUCAGCCAAGUCAGACCCAGCAGGAACCAGAGUCCAUGGGAUUCAGCUUCAAUUUUGGUGGGGAAUCUCCUUCCCAGACUCCCGCUGGUGGAGAGAACGAGAGUGGGGGCAGCAGGCCAGGUGGGUUCUGCCUGUUCUAA